AUGAGUUACACGUAUUUAUUCUGGCUCGGGAUCGUUGUCCCGACUUCCAUAACUGUUCUCUUGUUUAUCCUCUUCCUUGUGUGUUGGUUCAAGUACAAUUUACGUGAGAAAUUCACCAGAAAGAAACAUGACCCUCACCGGGUGAAUCAAAAGUCCACCCGUAACCCCAAACCGCCGACCGGCCUCCCGCCACCUCCACCUGUGCCUAACCACCGAUCCCGGGCCGACGACAGGCUACCUGCCCGGGUGAUCUACUCGACCUACCACGACAGCGGUAUGUCGGAACUGCACGAGAUCCACUACAAAUUCGACCGGCCGGUUUCCCAAGCAUCAACAGAUUCCGAAGAUUCGGGUUUUCGAAGUUCAAAAUCGGCUCACUACUUGCCAAACCGGUCGUCGGAACACAGUAUACCUCAAGACAUUCCUUUGCUGAAGCCAGUCAGUUCCAGUAUGUUGCACGCGCAGCGCAACCCGGCCCUCAACGCGGCCGAUGUCAACGGUGGGCCGUCGCAUGGACAUGCAAACAAUGGCCCGGCUUCUGCCUCUUCUGGCAUGAGCCAACUGAGCGGGCCACUUCCGUCAAGUUUUUCAGUCAAUAAAUUACCGUCUUCGGUGUCGGCGUCGUCCAAUAUCGGAGGCGACCGAUCGCAGCCGCUUUCCCCACACAACGGACUCUUGAGCCCCGACGAACGGGGUCGGCCCUACCACUUUCAUCGUUCCUUACCCCAGAGCCCGCUGACCGAAAUUUCGGAAACACGCCCCUUACCAUCAUCCCAAUCGACCCCACUGCCCUACCCACAAUGGCGAACGGACCCCCACGGUACACCUGCGUUACAAAGAGAAGCAAAAAGCCAACAGACUGUAGUCGCUUUAGUUCAUAGUCCCGAACAACAAUCAGAUAUUAGCAGCCAUCUUUCUUAUGCCAUUGUAUAA